AUGGCGAGCAACAGCCUGAUUCCGGUGCUAGUCGCCAUGAUGCUCUUGACCGGCGUUUGCAACACCCUGCUCACCAAGUAUCAGGCAGGUCGCUGUGAUGACGCGCCAUCACAGUUCUCGAGCUAACGCAGACGUUCAGGACAUGCAAUGUGUCGCCGACUGCGAUACGAAGCGCCCUAAGCUGUUCGAACAGCCCGUGCUACAGACCCUCCAGAUGUUCGUCGGUGAAGCGGGUUGCUGGCUCGUCGUGUUUCUGCAAUACCUGUUCCAUCGCAUGAGACGAGUUUCGAAUACCACGCCCAUUGACGAAAUCGAAUACGAACGUGUGGGAACAGUAGAUGAGGCAGAAGAUGGGGAAGCUGAGGGAGACGUGACCUCUUCACAGACGCUCGUAGAUCCGACAAACAUCAUAGCCAAGCCGGCCUUGGACGCUGAAGCUGAGAAUGGACAACGACAGCCACUGACGGGGUGGAAGGUGCUGUUACUUGCACUCCCGGCGAUAUGCGACAUCUGCGGCACAACCCUGAUGAACGUCGGCCUUUUGUUUGUGGCGGCUUCUAUCUAUCAAAUGACUAGAGGUGCUCUUGUGCUCUUCGUUGGACUAUUCAGUGUUGUAUUCCUCAAACGCCAUCUGGGCGGCUGGAAGUGGGCAAGUCUCUUCAUCGUGGUUUUGGGCGUGGCCGUUGUUGGCCUGGCUGGCGCGCUGGAGAACAAGGAAACCGAGCCAGAACUUCCUGGGCACACCAGCCCCGAUGGCUCAACGGACCUUUUCCACAAAGUCACAGUGCUCGUCCGCGACGAAGUGUCAGCUAUGGAAGCUCAUACCGCCGCAGAGACCGUACUUGGCUUCUUUCUAAUCGCCUUUGCCCAGGUCUUCACAGCAACCCAAUUUGUUCUGGAAGAAAGCAUAAUGGAACGAUACUCCAUGGAGCCUCUUCAAGUUGUUGGCUGGGAAGGCGUUUUUGGAUUUCUGGUCACGCUUGUCGGCAUGGGUGUUUUGCACGGGGCCAUUGGCUCUACACCUGCAGGGAAAGGAGGCUAUUUUGACGCCCGCGAAGGAUUCUACGCGAUGUUCCACUACCGCUCCAUCGGGAUCACUUCGAUACUGAUCAUGAUCUCUAUAGGGUAAGACAUCCUAAUACGCCUAACAGCAGUGACAUGCUAACGCUUCAACAGUGGUUUCAACUUCUUUGGCCUCAGCGUGACGCGAGUGAUCUCUGCCACCGCAAGGAGCACGAUCGAUACCUGCCGAACCUUGUUCAUCUGGCUGGUCAGUCUUGGUCUAGGAUGGGAGACGUUCAAAUGGCUCCAAGUGCCAGGCUUCAUUCUGCUCGUCUACGGAACCGCCAUUUUCAACGAAGUCGUACAGCCACCGACAAUUGCAUUUCUCCGACGCAAACGACAAGCAGUUGCUCUCGGCGACGAGAGAUAG